GUGUGCGUGCGUUCGCAGCAGGGGCGGGCGUAGGACCAAUGGGGCGGGGCGCGUGCGCGUGCGUGACGUCAGGCCACGGGGAGGUGGCGCCGCCGUGCCGAGCCGGCCUCAGACUCACCUCUGACGCCGCUCUUCGCGCUCCGCUGGUGAAUGGAGUCGCGUUCUCUGUUUUGCUGUUGCUGCUGCCUUUGUGACGGGAUCGCUUUCUCCCAUCGAACCUUCUAGUUGCUUAUUGCAGCUUCGUAUUUCUAGGUAGACGGUAAUUUCGUCAAUGAAAAAAUUUAACGGUGAUCGUCACCCCUUGCCUCAGUCACUUUCUGUCCCUCGCGCGGCCCCGGCGUUCACGGCGGACGUUCUUGUUCUGUGGAGAAUAACGGCUGCACCUGGAGAUUGACGCAGAGUGGGCGGCGGUGGUGGAAACGUUAAAGAAUGUGCUUCAGAGAGAAAGGAAAUGAAACCAAAUGGAAAUCUGGAUCUACACAAACGAGUAAACAGCACUGGCGAAUGGUAACUACCUAGCUCUGUUGGUCAGAAGCGGUGCAAGCACAGCAUGGCUGGGUUUUCUGCUCAGGAUGUCUAAAGGCUGAAAUCAGGGUGUCACCUGGACUGAGUUCUCAUCUGGAGGCCGUGGAGAAAAAUUCACUUUCAAGCUCACUCUUCUUGGCAGAAUUCAGUUCCUUGUGGCUGCAGGACUGAGGUCCCUGCUUCCUAGCUGGCUUUCAGCUGGUGCUGCUCUUUGCUGCUGGAGACUGCCAUGUUCCUCACACUGCAUUCCAUCUUCAAGCCAGUAAUGCUUUGUCUCCUCAGCACUCUGCUGUCACUCAAGGAAGUAUCAUCAAGAACAAGGAGGGCAUGGAUGCUAAGUCACUAACUGCCUGGUCCCGGACACUGGUGACCUUCAAGGAUGUAUUUGUGGACUUCACCAGGGAGGAGUGGAAGCUGCUGGACACUGCUCAGCAGAUCGUGUACAGAAAUGUGAUGCUGGAGAACUAUAAGAACCUGGUUUCCUUGGGUUAUCAGCUUACUAAGCCAGAUGUGAUCCUCCGGUUGGAGAAGGGAGAAGAGCCCUGGCUGGUGGAGAGAGAAAUUCACCAAGAGACCCAUCCUGAUUCAGAGACUGCAUUUGAAAUCAAAUCAUCAGUUUCCAGCAGGAGCAUUUUUAAAGAUAAGCAAUCCUGUGACAUUAAAAUGGAAGGAAUGGCAAGGAAUGAUCUCUGGUAUUUGUCAUUAGAAGAAGUCUGGAAAUGUAGAGACCAGUUAGACAAGUAUCAGGAAAACCCAGAGAGACAUUUGAGGCAAGUGGCAUUCACCCAAAAGAAAGUACUUACUCAGGAGAGAGUCUCUGAAAGUGGUAAAUAUGGGGGAAACUGUCUUCUUCCUGCUCAGCUAGUACUGAGAGAGUAUUUCCAUAAACGUGACUCACAUACUAAAAGUUUAAAACAUGAUUUAGUUCUUAAUGGUCAUCAGGACAGUUGUGCAAGUAACAGUAAUGAAUGUGGUCAAACUUUCUGUCAAAACAUUCACCUUAUUCAGUUUGCAAGAACUCACACAGGUGAUAAAUCCUACAAAUGCCCUGAUAAUGACAACUCUCUUACUCAUGGUUCAUCUCUUGGUAUAUCAAAGGGCAUACAUAGAGAGAAACCCUAUGAAUGUAAGGAAUGUGGAAAAUUCUUCAGCUGGCGCUCUAAUCUUACUAGGCAUCAGCUUAUUCAUACUGGAGAAAAACCCUAUGAGUGUAAAGAAUGUGGAAAGUCUUUCAGCCGGAGUUCUCACCUCAUUGGACAUCAAAAGACCCAUACUGGUGAGGAACCCUAUGAAUGUAAAGAAUGUGGAAAAUCCUUCAGCUGGUUCUCUCACCUUGUUACUCAUCAGAGAACUCAUACAGGAGACAAACUGUACACAUGUAAUCAGUGUGGGAAAUCUUUUGUUCAUAGCUCUAGGCUUAUUAGACACCAGAGGACACAUACUGGAGAGAAACCCUAUGAAUGUCCUGAAUGUGGGAAAUCUUUCAGACAGAGCACACAUCUCAUUCUGCAUCAGAGAACCCAUGUGAGAGUGAGGCCCUAUGAAUGCAAUGAAUGUGGAAAGUCUUACAGCCAGAGAUCUCACCUUGUUGUGCAUCAUAGAAUUCACACUGGACUAAAACCUUUUGAGUGUAAGGAUUGUGGAAAAUGUUUUAGUCGAAGCUCUCACCUUUAUUCACAUCAAAGAACCCACACUGGAGAGAAACCAUAUGAGUGUCAUGAUUGUGGAAAAUCUUUCAGCCAGAGUUCUGCCCUUAUUGUGCAUCAGAGGAUACACACUGGAGAGAAACCAUAUGAAUGCUGUCAGUGUGGGAAAGCCUUCAUCCGGAAGAAUGACCUCAUUAAGCACCAGAGAAUUCAUGUUGGAGAAGAGACCUAUAAAUGUAAUCAAUGUGGCAUUAUCUUCAGCCAGAAUUCUCCAUUUAUAGUUCAUCAAAUAGCUCACACUGGAGAGCAGUUCUUAACAUGCAAUCAAUGUGGGACAGCGCUUGUUAAUACCUCUAACCUUAUUGGAUACCAGACAAAUCAUAUUAGAGAAAAUGCUUACUAAUAAAUAUGGGAAUUUUUCACAAAGAG